UGACAAUUUCCGUACUUCAGUGAGUAGCGUUUGCAACAAAUUUCAAAUGCAUUGCAAUAAAAACAAGUGUGCAGUGAAAUAAAAUUAUCUAAAUGAAAUUUAUGUACCCAACAUAACAGUGCAACAGAAUAUAUAUGCGCCGUAAAUGCACGGAAGUGCCAAAUGCAACUCCUCGGAGAAUCCACAUAAAACCACAACAGCAGCAACUGCAAAGUGCACAUGUACAUAUUUCGGUGGAUUGUAAAUAAUGCGGAUAAGUGCAAUUUACCAGCGCAUAAGCAAACAAAUAAUAAAGUGUGUUAUGCAGGGAACGACGCGCAAGCUUGUUUAUGUACAGACAGACAUAUAGACAUAGUAUAUCAUGUGAACCAACGCACUCUUGUGUAUAAAAUGGAAUUUGAAAAUUUAUAGGCAAACUUUGACAUUACAAACACAAUAAAACAUUGCAAAUAAACUUUGCCGUUAAUUGAAUAACAAAAUCGAAAUACAAUGUAGCGGUAUAAUAAAGUCAGAAACUUUUAUCGACAUCAAUGCGCCAAAAAUAACGGCUCAGCACAAUUGUAGAGUUGCAAUGAAAGCAUAAAAAACACAAUAUAAUAUUGUUAAAUUAUUUUCCUUUUUAUGGCAGACGGCGUCUCGAGCAAAAAGUAUAAGAAAAGCUUCAAAUGCCCAGCGGCGCUUUGUGCUUGCUGCCGACCGAACAAAAUUCACCCAGCGCGAAUCCAUUACAGCGAAGACUUGCCGAGCGUCAGUGGAGGCGGCCAAUAUACGCAGCACUACAGCAACAACGGCGGUCAGGCAUCACAGGGUGCUACACCGCAUGGCUCGCCGCAGCUCACGCAACGACUGGGCCGCCAUUUAAGUAAAUCCGCAUCGGAAUUGAACGGACACGACUGCCAUAGUGAGCGUGAUUCGCCACGUACAUCGCCGAAACGUGCCAAAAGUGCUGCGACAGCGCAUAGUGGUAGUAGUGGUGGCGCCGGCGGUUCGGGGCACAGCGGUACCGGUGGUGUCUUCCAAAAGACGCACGGCUUUUUCAAUACGUUGAAGCAUCGUUGGAAUCGUGCGAAAAGUAAGGAUCGUACGGGUCGUAAGUCGCCGAGUGAUUUCCUCGAAGAGAGCACCGAUUAUGCAGCCGAUUAUAGUUCCGAGAGUAGUUCGGUUACACAAAGUCCACGUCAUCGUGCUACAACGAUAGGCGGUUCACCAUUGGCGAAGGAAUUUAGCGCUUCCGUGAGAAUGGCGCAAAUGAUACAUCGUUUUGGUGGCUCCAUGGAGGGACGCAUCGAAGAGCAUCCAGAAAAUGGUAGCGGUAAUGGCAGUGCUGUUGGCAGCAGUGGCACGACGAUGGAGGAUUAUGUGUCAACGAAGCAAAUCGAAGUGCUGCAGGUUGAAGAGUUGCGCCGCAAAAAGGAAGCGCAUUUACGACAGUACGUCUUCUUUCAGCUGCGCGUGCAUCUGAAGAGCGGCAGCGAUUUGAUGGCCAUGGAUAAAAACGGCCUUAGUGAUCCUUAUGUAAAAUUCAAGGUUGGCGGUCGCCUGCUGCAUAAAUCACGCACAAUUCAUCGAGACCUGAAUCCGGUGUGGGAUGAAGUGUUCAUUGUGCCCAUCGAAGAUCCCUUUCUGCCCAUUAAUGUUAAGGUAUUCGAUUAUGACUGGGGACUGCAGGAUGAUUUCAUGGGUUCCGCACAAAUCGAUUUGACGACAUUAGAGUUGGGCAAAGCGGAGGACCUCUGCCUGCCAUUGCAUGACUUAAAUCAUCCAGAGCGUCAAAUGGGUGAAAUACUCGUAAAUCUAACGCUUUGGCCGCGCAGUCAAGAGGAUAAGGAAAUGCACUUUCAGCGCAACACUAAAUUGGCCGAAUCAUCGAAGCGUCUGAAAUCACAGAUCUGGAGCUCGGUCGUCACGAUAUUGUUGGUCAAAGCCAAAGAUCUGCCAUUGGCCGACGAUGGCAGCAAACUUACCGAUAUACAUAUUAAAUUCAGACUCGGCAAUGAGAAGUACAAAAGUAAGUCUUCCUGGACCGAACGUUGGCUGGAGCAAUUCGAUUUGCAUCUCUUCGAUGAUGACCAAAAUCUGGAAAUCUCGCUUUGGAAUCGCAAUGCGCUCUACGGCAAAGCCAACAUCGAUUUGAGCGUGUUCCAACGUGAGACCACACAUGGCAUUUGGCGUGCCUUUGAAGACUGUUCCGGUGAAGUGUUUCUUAUGUUGACCAUAAGCGGCACUACCGCUCUAGAAACAAUUACCGAUCUCAAAGCGUACAAGGAGGAUCCACGUGAGAUGAAAAUCAUGCGCGAUCGUUAUCGUUGGCAUCGUUGUUUUCAGAAUUUACGCGAUGUCGGACAUCUGACAGUAAAAGUGUUCGGUGCGACGGGUUUGGCGGCAGCAGACAUCGGCGGCAAGUCCGACCCAUUUUGUGUGCUCGAGUUGGGUAAUGCGCGUUUGCAGACACAAACCGAAUACAAGACGCUAACGCCGACGUGGAAUAAAAUUUUUACCUUUAAUGUCAAGGACGUCACGCAAGUACUUGAGAUAACUGUCUAUGACGAGGAUCGUGAUCAUCGUGUCGAAUUUUUGGGGAAGCUGGCAAUUCCACUGCUGCGCAUCAAAAAUGGUGUCAAACGUUGGUAUACUCUAAAAGACAAAAAUCUUUGCGCGCGGGCCAAAGGAUUAUCGCCACAGAUCUGUCUUGAGAUGACCGUACUUUGGAAUGAUGUGCGCGCCAUUUGUCGUAUAUUACAGCCGAAAGAGGAGAAACUGAUACAACAGGAAGCGAAAUUCAAGCGUCAACUCUUUCUACGAAACGUCAAUAGACUGAAAGUGAUAAUUAUGUAUAUCUUGGAUGCGGCGCGUUACGUACAAAGUUGCUUUGAAUGGGAGUCACCGUUGCGCUCAGCCAUUGCUUUUGCACUGUGGAUAUUGGCCUGCGUCUAUGGCAAUUUGGCGACUGUGCCAUUAGUCUUGCUGCUAAUCAUAAUCAAAAACUGGUUGGUGCGCAUGAUUACCGGUACGAGUAAUGAUCCUGCCGCUGGCUACUAUGAUUAUGACUACGAUGAGGAUGACGAUGAUGAUAAGGAGAAGGAGGAGAAGAAAUCGAUUAAAGAGCGUCUACAAACCAUACAGGAAGUCUCACAAACGGUGCAAAACACGAUUGGCUAUCUGGCGUCGCUAGGCGAAAGCACUAAAAACACUUUUAAUUUUUCCGUCCCGGAACUGACGUGGCUCGCAGUGGCGCUGCUAGUUGGCGGUAUUGUGGUCUUGCACUUCAUACCCAUACGCUUUCUGCUACUCUUCUGGGGCAUUAUGAAGUUCUCGCGACGCAUUCUACGCCCGAACACGAUACCGAAUAAUGAGCUCUUGGACUUCCUAUCACGUGUGCCAGACGAUGAACAAAUCAAUCAAUUCCGUGAACUGCCACCCACAGCGCCCACCGAUCAGUCGCGCAAUAAUCCUAAGAAAAAAUUCAAAGCUUCAUAGUCCAUUGCCAAUUUAGAUGCCACUGGCGCGCUGCAAAAAUUCCAGAGCACGACCGUGUCGCAGCAGAUUGGUUUCAAUGAUGCUGGCGCCGACGCUGGCAUGUUGCCGCAACAUGUUGGCAGCACAAGAACACGCUCCGUGCGCAACAUAUUCAAAGCAAGUCGUGACAACUUGAAGCAGCAGCUGAAUAAAGCUUACGGUAAAAGCGUAAAAAAAUCGAAUUAGCGGAAAUUGUGUAAAUAACAAGUGAUCCAUACAUACUUUAGCAUAGAAUCUCAUCAAAAAAAAAAAAAAAAAACAACAAAAGAA